UUUGUACAUAACGUACAUCAGAGCGGCGUCGCUCCGCGUCAGCCAGUCUCUGUUCAGUGCUGGAAGUGACAACAUCUGUGGUGGUUUGUGUUGUAGACAAACGCAGGAAUCUCAACGUCGUUCUCGAGGUUGUAGGACCGCUUAUCGGUCACGGUUAUUCGACUUUGUUUGGACUGCGACCAAUUGGGUUUUAAUGAGAAAAAGUCAUUCAACUUGACAGUUCAGAUUAUGAAGUAAGCAGAAGAUCUAUGAUGUGGGGUUAGUGCUAGUGCAUUUAACAAUGGACUGGACACAAGUUAAAAGUAACGGAUGGAAGUCAAGCGAAUCCACCGGAAAUCGGUGCGCUACCGGAAGAAGCAUCAAACGGACGUCGUAUGGGCCAGUAUCAGUACUCUGGUCAUUUAGCUUAUCGUUUGUUGUUGUAUUGUGUCGUGGAUCGGUCGUCCACGAACCCAACUAUCCCUCCUUUGUUACCUUCAAUGAAACUAUUAACUUCACUCACAUGGUAGUGGAUCCCCAAACGGGUAAAGUUUACGUAGGAGCCACAAACUGGCUCUAUCAAUUUAAUUCGAACUUGGGGUUAGAAGCAUCAGUGCAAACUGGACCUGUCGAGGACAAUAUUGGAUGUUUCCCUACAGAUUGCACAGAUCUACAACUUUACUCUUUCACUAAUAUAAACAAAGUACUAGUCAUUGAUCAAGAUUCUAGACUUUUGAUAGUCUGCGGAAGUGUUCAGCAGGGUUCCUGCAGAAGACAUCAUCUGGAUAAUAUUUCUAAUUAUGAAGAUCUUGUGCCCGUUCCUGUAGCAGCCAAUGACGAAAAUGCUUCGACAUUUGCCUUCAUAGGACCGGCUCGUUACGACAAUUAUCCUUCGCGUGUUCUUUAUGUGGCAACCACUAACAGUCGGCUAGGCCCUUAUAGGGAUAUGGUUCCAGCAAUUUGCAGCAGAAGCCUCGAACAGAACCAACUUUUCAGGGUUAUCGAACAUUCCUUUUCUUCUAUAGCACGAAUAGAUAUCAGUUCACAACUUAGAGAUUAUUAUUUGGUGCAAUACGUGUAUGGCUUUCAUUCCGGAGACUUCAUCUACUUUGCUACACUUCAAAGAAAGUCUUAUUUGAGAGCAUUAGAAGAAUGGGGUUAUAUUACUCGUUUAUCACGAGUAUGUGUAUCUGAUGCUGGUUACAACACUUACACAGAGGUGACCCUUCAGUGCCUAGGACCAGAUGGAACAGAUUAUAAUCUGCUUCAAGAUGCUAGUUUGGUGCGCGCUGCACCUGAUUUAGCUGCAGAUUUGCAUAUAGAACCCGGGGCCGAUGUUCUUGUUGGUGUUUUUGCCGUUAGCAAAGAUCACACAUAUCUCACAUCUCCCAAUUCUGCGAUCUGUGUUUAUUCUCUGGCUGAUAUUGAACAGAGAUUCACUGAAAAUAUUCACAUGUGUUAUAAUGGCAGCAUGGUAACUCGUGAUAUGGAUUAUAUUGCAGGAAUUAUCGAAAAUUGCCCAGAACCAGGGAUUUUUCUUCGGCAGGGAGGCAACAUUUUGAGUUUCUGCAGUGAAUCUCUCAAACUCAAUGGUUCAGUACCUAUUUCAAAUGUAGCCUCCGCUGUUUACGUCAAUACCACAGUCACUGCUGUGGCAACAACUACCACCUCUCAACACACUGUAGCAUUCGUUGGUACCGACAAGGGAUACAUUAAAAAAUUGCUUAUAAGUAGUGGCGUUCAAGCCGAAGAGUUUGAAGAAGUUGUUGUAGAUGAAGGAAAUACAAUAUUGGCAGAUUUGCAUUUAGAUUCUAUGCAGCAAUAUCUCUAUGCUGCUAGUCCUUACAAGGUGAGUAAGGUACAAGUUGAAAAAUGCCAACAGUAUGAGAGUUGUGACCAAUGCCUUCAAGCUAGAAAUCCAUAUUGUGGAUGGUGCUCCUUAGAAAAGAGAUGCACGGUGAAGGCAGCAUGCCAAAAUGCAACAGGUGUGUUGACUGAUCUUAGUUCUCCCAGGUGGCUGUCUCUCAACACUCAGCAAUGCAUUGACUUCCAGUCUAUCAGACCAGAACAUCUUCCUCUGACAAGCAUGGCUGUGAUUGAACUGGCUAUUAAUCAACUGCCACAACUUCCUUAUGGGGCCCACUAUCUUUGUGUAUUUGGAAAAAGUAAUCCUGUGCAAGCUCGUGUGACACAUAAUGGACUCGCAUGUAUGACACCAGCAGUUGCAGACCGUCCACCUAUUCCAGAAGGAAGCGAUCAUGUUUUAGUGGAUUUAGCAGUACGAUCCAGCGAAACAAAUACAGAUUUUCUUAACAGAAUGUUCGCAUUCUAUGAUUGCGGAGUUCAUAAAACCUGUACCGAGUGCGCGACUAGCUCCUGGGCUUGCAGCUGGUGUCCCCAUGAAAAUAUGUGUACACACAAUAUAUCGUUAUGCACUCGUACAAUUAUUACCGGCGAAAAUAAUCCCCAGAAUUCCCUCAUUAAAGGACGACAACACUGCCCAAGCUUUACUAUUGAUAAGGAAAUAUUGCUGCCAAAUGAAGUGAGCAAGGAAAUCGCCAUUGAAGUAAAAAAUCUUCCUAGUGCUCUAGAUGAUUUUCAAUGCAUCGUUGAGAUCGAAGGUGCAAAAGAACGUGUUUUAGCCACUAAGCAAGGAAGUAGAAUCAUAUGCUCUGAAACGGCGUAUACUUAUCAAUCAGAAGUUGGAGUUAUUCGAGCAACUUUAACCGUAUUAUGGAAUGAAGAUACUUUUAUUGAUAAAACAAAUGUGACGUUAUAUAAAUGUGAUCUACUUGGAAAUUACGGUGGCCGCGCAGAUUGUUCAUUAUGUCAAACGAGAGAUAGGAAAUAUCAGUGCGCUUGGUGUAAAGGAUCUUGUACUUAUGGAGAAUCGUGUCUUGAACCUGUUGCUACCUCUUGCCCACCGCCACGAAUUGAUUGGAUUCAUCCACUCAGUGGACCAUUAGCCGGAGGAACUUUAGUGGCGAUUGAAGGAAGUAAUCUUGGAACGAGUAUCGAAGAAAUUCAAGAUAAGAUAACAAUUGGAGGAAUACCAUGCAUCCCUGUAGAAUAUAGUAUAUCCGUUAGAGUGGUAUGUCAAACGGGACCAUCGGAUGUUCCACUUGAAGGAGAAGUAGUUGUGGGAAAUAGAGCCGGAAUUACAAGAGCUCGCGAGAAAUUUCUUUAUAAGAUGGUAGAAUUAAAUGCAGUUCAUCCGAAAUCAGGACCACAGGCCGGUGGUACACGUUUAUAUUUAACGGGUUCGAAUCUUAACGUUGGAAACGAACUGGAAGUUUAUCUAGACGAUCUGCAAUGCAUUGUUGAUAGAACUUUAGCAAGUAAUAGUCAGAUUAGUUGUAGGACAACCCGUGCUCCAGUGCCUUCUUAUGACGUUUCUCAAUUAUUACUGAGAAUAGAUAAUGCUAAUUUAACACUUCAGUCACCAUUUGUGUAUAGAAACGAUCCAACUAUUCUUAAAAUUUCACCAUUAAAAAGCUUUGUUAGUGGGGGUCGUGCUGUCGUAGUCAUGGGCACAAACUUGACUUCCGUCCAACAACCAAGGAUGGCUGUGUUUCAGAAUGACAGUAUUUUAAAUGAAACCAUCUGUGAAAUAAUAAGCAAUGGGAAAAUGAUUUGUCCCGCUCCAUCAAUCAAUGGUGCUGCUUUGAAAACCCCGCCCAUAUACAAUGAAAACAGCGAGCAAGAUGAUAUCCCUACUUGGAAAUUUCAAAUAGGAUUUAUUAUGGAUAAUGUCGAUAGCGUACGAGCGUUGCAGGAGAACUUUCCGAGUCUGCACUCUGAUCUUAUUUAUGUGCCAGACCCGAAGUUCUUUCCGUUCGAAGAGGAUAGUGUAAAAUUAUAUAAAGGAGAAUCACUCGUUAUAGAGGGAGAGAACUUGAGACUUGCAAGUACAGAGACUGAGGUUAAUGUAACCAUAGGGACAGGAAUCUGCAACCUGACUUCUCUAGCAAUGACUCAGUUAGUCUGUAUUCCACCAGAAGUACAACCUCUAGGGACCGACGAGAUUGGUCGAAAGACUGAUAACAAUUUGCCAAUGGUAGUGGUACACGUUGGUAAAAAUUUAAGAUUUGAAGUCGGAUUUUUACAUUACGAGGUUGCAAAAAAAUACGAAUUACCUCCAGCAGCCAUUGGUGGUAUUGCUGCAGGUGGAAGCAUUCUUAUGUUGUUAAGUCUUAUCAUUCUGGCAGUAUUACGCCACAAGAGUUCACAAGCAGAAAGAGAAUACAAAAGGAUACAAUUACAGAUGGAUUCUCUGGAGAAUAGUGUGAGAUCAGAAUGUAAACAAGCUUUUGCAGAACUUCAGACUGAUAUGACAGAUUUAACAAAUGAUCUUCAGACUACUGGUAUACCUACCUUAGAUCAUAAAAGCUACGUGAUGAAAGUGUUUUUUCCAGGAGUUUUUGAUCAUCCAUUAUUACAAGAUUCUAAAAUUCAAGCCAACGGACUUUAUACAAACUGUGAGUUAGCCAUGUCACAAUUUGAGCAAUUAUUAAACAAUAAAGCGUUCCUUCUAACAUUUAUCAAAACAUUGGAAUAUCAAAAAUCAUUUAGUAUAAGAGACAGAGUUAACGUUGCUUCUUUAUUGAUGAUUAUACUAAUGGAAAAAAUGGAAUAUGCUACUAAUGUUCUUAAGGCGUUAUUAUUGCAAUUAAUUGACAAAUCUGUGUGCACAAAACAUCCACAACUGAUGUUGAGAAGAACGGAAUCUGUCGUUGAAAAAAUGCUAACUAAUUGGAUGGCUCUUAGUAUGUAUGAUUAUCUGAAGGAUCAAGCUGGUAGUUCGUUAUUCCUAUUGUUUAGUGCGAUAAAACAUCAAGUGGAAAAGGGUCCUGUCGAUGCCAUCACUCACGACGCUAGAUACUCUUUGUCGGAAGAACGUUUGCUAAGAGAACAAAUGGAUUUUUAUACAGUUACAAUUCAAGUUAUACAAGAAGAUCAAGAUGAAAAGAUACAAUGUAGAGUAAAUGAUUGCGAUACAAUUAGCCAAGUCAAAUUCAAGAUUUUGGAUGCCGUUUAUAAAAAUACUCCAUUUUCUCUUCGUCCAUGUGUUCACGACGUCGAUUUAGAGUGGAGACAUGGCAAGGGAGGACAUCUAACAUUAGCUGACGAGGAUAUUACUACAAAGCAUUUUAACAAUUGGAAACGAAUAAAUACGUUAAAACAUUACGGUGUAAAAGAUUCUGCCAUUAUGAGUCUUGUUACUAAACAGAACGAUAGUUUCAGUUCUAAUUGUACAGGUAACGCAUCAUUAAAUUCUGUCUCCCCGAUAUUUGGUCAAUGUGACGUCGAACAAGGUGUUCGUUUUUGGCAUUUGGUCAAACCUGACGACCAUCACGGUGUACAAAAAGACCAUUUACAUAAAGCUAUUCCCGAAAUAUUUCUAACUCGCUUAUUGUCCACUAAGGGUACAGUACAGAAGUUUGUAGAUGACUUCCUCACAACAAUCUUAACUGCCAAUGAUUCAUUACCGGCUGCAGUCAAAUGGUUAUUUGACUUAUUAGAUGAGGCAGCUGCACAAUAUGGUAUCAGUGAUCCAGAAGUAGCCCAUGCGUGGAAAAGUAAUAGUUUACCUUUGAGAUUUUGGGUAAAUUUUAUAAAAAAUCCCGAUUUUAUAUUGGAUAUCCACAAGACACCCAUUGUAGAUUCUUGCCUUUCUGUCAUUGCCCAAACACUGAUGGAUGCAUGUUCAACCUCAGAACAUCGAUUAGGAAAGGACUCACCUUCUAACAAAUUAUUAUUUGCAAAAGAUAUUCCUACAUAUAGAAAAAUGGUGUCUAGGUUUUAUCAAGAUAUCUCUGCGAUGCCAGCUGUAACAGAUCAAGAAAUGUGUGUUGCCAUGCAGGAGCUGUCAUUUUCUCAUAGAGGAGAAUUUGACACUCCUAGUGCAGUGAGAGAAUUAUAUGUUUAUGCAGCCAAAUAUAAUGAACAGGUUAUUGAAGCGUUAGAGAACGAUCCAUAUUGCGAAAAAAUGCAUUUGGCUCGCAAACUGGAAACUGUUGCAUGUACACUAGAAGGUGAACAGACAUCUGUGUGUUGACUUUAUAAAAAUAGAUAUUGUUUGAGUGUAUUCUAUUGAGCAUUUCACUCUCACAGAAUCUACUGCCCCAAAUUUCCAGUCCACAAAGUGAGAGUGCUUAUGGAAUGACAGAAACUAUGCAAGAUAUCAAGAACUAAAAUUUACCAUCAGAUCUUCCUUGGGCAAAGCCAAACCAAAAAGAUACAAGUGCGGAAGUAUUUUCCUGCAUCAUUGUUGUAUUACCAUUUAUGUCAUCAAAGGAUUUAUAUGUGUGAUGAUACUAUUAAAGUGCCAUGUUCAUCAUCAGUGCUUGGGCAUUGUUUUAAAUAAGACUUGUAAAAAAUUUACAAUCAAAUCAAUAUAGGCAAAGAGUGCCUCUGCAAUUUAAGGAUGCCAGAUGUUAUCCUAUGAUAUAUUGUUUGGUGCAGUGUGGUGCAAUCACAAAGAAAGCAGUUUUGUUUUAUCUCUCCCAGCACCAAACUGCCAAUAUUUGUAGCACCAUUUUUGAGCAGAAGGUGCAUUUUGUUUAUCACAUAAAAACUCUGUUUAUAUUGUAUUGGUGUUUUUUAUCACGUCCUUAUGGCUUCCUUAUACAUUUAUAUAAGGAAGAUUUUGAGUGUCUGUUGUGCUUAAAAAAUAAAUAAAACAAAAUAAAAACUAGUUAGCCAGCCUCGUUUUACAUCAAUGGAUGUCAAGUCAUUACGUUCUGCCAAUCCUGUUUCUUCUGUUGUGGUAUGUGCUGCCAGAAAAUAAACUGUGAUAAUGGUGUAUCAACAAAAAAUAAAAACAAAAAAAUAAAGCACCAAAGUAAUUGUCGUCUUUGUUGAAUUGGGGAAAAUGUCAGCAGCCACAGCUUUGGUGCCUGUGCUUUGAAUGUUAUUUAUUAGGCUGUGAUAAUCUAGUUAGCAGUCAGCAACUUUUAGGAGCUUUGUUAUGCAAACGAUUCUUGGUCUGAUUUUUUUCUUUUUUUCCCCAUUUUCUUAACAAGAUCCCAAGGACAGUAUAGAAACGAAUGAUAUCAAGAUAUGAACUGUUUUAUUGAAACUUGAUUUUAUUGUGUGUGCGUGCAUGUAUGGGGGAAAGUGCACUUUCUGUGGAGAAGUAUUUUUUUAUAUCAAGAGCAGUAACUGUAACAGAAGUCUGAAGUCAAUAAAGACCAAUGGAAUCUGGUAAGAUGUGUCAUCUGUAGUUUAGUGUGAAUGAUUAUUAAAAUGACAGAUUUCUUAUUGUGAA